AUGGCGACUCACCAGUGCACACUGUGCCUCCGUGAUGGCAUCAUCCAUACCAGCAACAGCGAGGCCAACAUGAAGGUUCACUUGGGCUCCCGUAAGCAUAACCUGGGCGAGUAUAUCUGCCAGGUCGUCGGCUGCGACAAGGUCACCUACAGAAUCGGCCGUCAUAUUAACCACCGCCUACCCACCGCUCAUCAACCCUCAUGGGUCGUGGACCAGAACCGACUCAGAGCCUUAGAUGCGGCAGUCAAGCUUUGUGAACUUCCUCUUACUGCCGCUGCUCCUGGCCUUGCCCCUCCCGCCGCUUACAACACCGCUCCUGUUGCUCCUGUUCCCGGCCCUGCCGCCCAUGGCUCCACCACUGCCGGCGCUCAGGCUCAGACCGAUCCCUCUGGAACCGGUCAAGAUCAGACUAACCCUCCUGGAGUUGGACAGGGUCAGGCUGAUCUGUCUAACACUGGAGACGACGACGAUGAGGAGCAGCAGGAUGAGGAGUACGAGCAAGACCAUCAGCCUGACGCCGAGGUUGAGAAUAACGCUGUCGAGGAGCAGGAGGAAGAGCAGGAGCAAGACAAUCAACUUAUCAGCACCAACAACCAUGCUACUCUCGUUGCUCCCGCCUCUGCCGACACCAACCUUCCUCCUACUACUGGUGCUCAUGACCAAUCUCAUCCUCGUGGAGCCGGACAAGGUCAGGCCAAUCUCUCUCGGUACAACCCGGAGGACUGGGACUGGCCCCCUGGGAUGGCGUGCUCGAGCAAAAGUGUGUUUCUGGCUUCCUCUCCUGGGCCGACUCUGGUGAUGAAGAGUAGUAAUUCUCUAUCGGUUCACUCAGCUACAAGGAGUCACCCUCAGAAGUACUUUUACCUCCUUAAAAGCUCGUCUUUUGGUCUGUCUUUCUUUUCUCUUUCAAGUUCCAUACCCUCUCGUCACUCUACUCUCGCUUGCGAGAGAGAGUUUGACCCCAUGCGUCUUUGCGGUAAUACGACUUUUGCUUGCUCUUCCUUUGGACCCACCCCCGAGUACCUCGUCCGUGACCGUGAUUGCUAUGUGUGUGAUCGCUAUGACAAAGGUGAGGUGCAGGAACGUGCGUUGACGCACGAAUAUCUCAUGCGUGGGAGCGUCUGCGUCGAGCGCGCGACUCCCACUGGUCGAUGCGGUACCCGGUCUGCAGUCUCCGUGACUAACUAA